CUGCCCCCUCCACGCUCAGCUCGGCGGGACGCGGCGGCCGCCACGACUCCUGCGGCUCCGAAACACGUCAUGCAAGGUGGUUUCAAAAACCGGCUCGCCGGCCGCGCUCAGUGUGUGCCAGGCCGCGCACCGCGCACCGUGCCCCGUGCCACUCCGCCAGACGCCGCCGCACCCGGAAACGGCGCCGAGCGUCGCCGCCGUCGCGUGUUCGUCCGCCACCAGUGGCGCGCCCCCUCGGGACACGGAAGGCCUUCGUGACGUCGCCCCGCCUGCCUCACGUGCAACCGCAGUGCAGCCGCCGCCGGCGGAACCCGCCCCCGUGGCUCGGCGGUGCUCGGUCGCAUGCUCCCGCCUCUCGCGCCAGCCACUACCGCUUCGGUCCGUCAGUCGAGUACUCUCCUGGUCGUAAUCUGGCGUCAGCCGCCACGCCCUCCCUAUACUCACCGUCGCCGCAGGCAGGUCGCGAUGCGGAAACCACUGCGUUACAGUUCUGUAGAGUGUUUGUGAUUUUUGUGUGACACGAUGCUACCGUGAGUGUGUACAAAAUAAAAGCGAUUUCUUGUGCCACCUACCGCCAUUCCUUAUCUCUACGCCCCCCUCCCCCUCAUCCUUAUCCACCACCUCUAGUGUGAUGUUAAACCUUUGAUAUGCGUGGUUGACGGUGCUGACAGCAGUGUUUCCGUCGUUCUUCGUGUCGGACGCCGCAGCUCCCGCGCCCAAAGGCUUCGUUCCACCGUCGCUGACGAGGGCAAGAUGCCAUGGCGGACAACGCGGCCAGCAGUAAGAAGACCUUCUACUCGGCAGCUGUAGCGACGCUGGGAUUCGUGUGCUUCGCCGUCGGUGCUACGGCCGUCGGACUGCCGCUGUGGGGAUACUUCAGCACAGAUGGUCGGGACAUCUUACGAGAGGGUGGCUACUUCGGGCCGUGGCAGACGUGCAAGGAGCUGCAGUACAACCGCGAGAUCUGCGGCAAAGACGUGUCCCGCUUCCACCCAGUCGAUGCUGUCUACUUCGCGGGGGUGGUGGCGGCAAUCGGCGUGGCGUCGCUUGGCGUCUUCUGCGUGAUGAGCGUGCUACAGAUGGCGAUGGUGGCGUCCAAGGACCAGAUCUGCAUGCCCUACAGUGCCGUCGUCAUCGCCAAACUGGCGCUCGCUCUCCUUGCCACACUUCUGGCGAUUGCUGCUGCUGGACUGUUUGCUCUGCAAACAGACCGCAAAGACAGCUUCAGGGUCACCAGGGGGGAGUCAUUUUACAUACAGAUUGUUACAAUUGUGCUAGACUUCGCCCUGUUUGUGCUAGCUCUGUAUGAUAUGAUCUUCACACGAAGAGCUGGAGGUGACCCAACAAUGACUAAUCAGGAUCCUAGAGGGGAUGCUGCCACUACUUUUAACAACCCAGGCUUCCGUGAAAGUCGAAAUAGAGCACCAAUUUCAAUGACAGAUGCAAGUGGAAAACCAUAUUCUCAGUCACCACCAAUUGCCAGUAAUGGUAGUGUGCAAUCAGUGACCACAACUUCAUCCAAUGGUUCCACCAUAGGUUCGGGACCAAGGAGCCCACUGAGGUCAAGUCUGAAGAAGCCAAGGCCCAAACAAGAUGGAAUGGGAAUUCAAAAUCCAGGGUUUAGUGGACACUCACCAACAUUUUCAAGAAAUGGAAGUGUUAAAAAGACAGUCCGCAUCCAAACUCAUAGCACAGCAGUGUGAGUUAAUCAAUAUUAUGCAAAAAAGCAUUUACAUGCAAUAAGGAAAAUUUUCGCUGAAGACACUAAUGUGCUUAGCAAGAUGUGUUACACUUUUGAGACAUCUUAACUGAUUUUGAACAAAUGUGAUGACUUAACAGUGAUAGAUGUGAAAUGAUUGUAAUGACAAAGUUACAUUUUCUGUACUGUAAGCAAAGUUUUUGCAUGUUAAAAUCCACAUAAAUUGUUUCAGUAUUAGCACAUUUCCCAUUCUAUGUGUGACAUUGGUCUAGGAGUAAAAAGACAUUUUAUUUUUGUCAGUGUUUUUACAUUUCUGUAAAACUGUAACAUGCUGAAUACACUAAAUUCUUUUCUUCAUGACAAGCUUAUCUUUUCAUGAUUAUACAUACAAAUAUUUUCUAAUUUAACUAUUCCAGAAAAAUAUUGUAGCAUAUAUAUGAGACGCAUUUCUUCAGUUUUCCAUUCAGUUAUAUUUGUAGCCCUUAAAUACAUAAAAGUUCAGAUAAAAUAUUACUAAAAAGGAAACUGUAAGAAGUGGCAGUUCUGAGUAAAUGUUAGGGGCUGAUAUUAGCUCCUGGAGGAUAAAAAUCAUCCAUUCAUUAUGUUUAAAAGCAAAAGGCUCAUGUGUGAGAAAAUGUUGUGGAGCAUUAUUUUAGUACUUGUGGUCUUAUCAUAAUCAACUGAUAAUUUCUGUAAUACUAACACUUGUAGCCAAAAUGAACUUUUUUUUUGGCACACCAUAUUAUUUCUCUUUAUACGGUGCUGGAAGUUUUCAUUUGGUUCCUUCCCAACAUUAUUGAGUAAAAAAUUUAAUACAGCAUAAAUGGAAAGUCUUCCUGUAAAAGUAGCUUUCCUUCUAUAAAGUAACUGUUCACUACAUUUGAUAAGGCAUAACAUAAAAUCUAUAUCAGUUAUCUGUGUUCUGGCAGAACAAAUACAAUAACAACAGUCAAAAGAAUGAAGAGGACAGUAUCUUCACCACUGUAUUUAGCAUGCUACUUAUCCUCUGUGAGGUAUCAAUAAGCAUGUGUUUGUCUUUUCUAUCAGAUUGAAAGAAUUCAGAGAAACCAUUCCCAAAAGACUGAAUCUGAAUUCUUUCACACAGCCAUUUUCUCUCAUUGUGUGAAGUCCAUAUAACUUAUGUUCCAAAGACAUUAAAUGUAUUUGCUUUGUAAUAUCAGCAUUAGUGAGAACAAAACUGGAGUCAAUGGCAUUAUGUAGCUGAAUGGGGAUCUUAAAACAAUACUAUUUUAUUGCUUUGUAAAAUAUUUUAAAAUUUGAAGAGUUGUGGUGUAUUCAAAUGUAUUAUAAUGUAUAUAUAACUUCAAUAAAUCCGUCCAUGUUAUGUGCUUCUAAGUUUAUUUUAUAUUGAUUUAUAGGUAAACAAAACUUCUAACAGCAUAAAUUCAGUGGUAGUUGUUUGUUGUUAUGCUGCUUCUGUAGUCAAAAAAUGUUAUUCUCAUUAACUGAUAUGCAAUACAUAUUUUUACCGCUUUCAUCUGGAUUCAGUACUGCCUUUCUUUAUUUUUAAUGUUUUUUUCAUGCCCCUUAUGUCAUAUGGUCUGAAGGUGUCCAUAACACUUGCAUUUAAUCAACUUAAAAUGUAUUUGUCUUUUGAAUGACACCCAUAACAACAAUUAAUCAAAACACUCAUUUGCUUGUCAGAAAAGCAGCUUUAAUGGCAAAUGCAGUAUACUACCAAUUCUGUGACUGUGUAAAGUGUAAAAUAAAACUGUUACAGUGUUUUUUGAUCAGAUGAGUGCUAUGUUGUAUGGAACACUACAUCACCUCUGAUUGAUAUUCACUACACUGUUCAAAGAACCCAUUCCCAAAAGACUGAAUCAAAGUUAUUUCACACAGCCAUGUUCUCCUGUUGUGUGAAGUUCUUUUUCUUUUUUCUAAAAAAAGUGGAUUUAUUUAUUCUGGCGAGAGUUUCUUGUGUUCUGGCAAUGCAAAUGAUGAACUCACUUUCUUUACCAGUGUACAUGCUGCAAACUAUUACACAAUACCUCAAUCAUGUGGUGCUCACAUCUAAUGACACAGGCUGAUGCUGAUCAAUCACAAGCACUGGUUCUCCUCAUUCAUUACAGUCCUACACUCAAAGAUGACUUACAGCAGCAUUUGUUUUAUUAGACAGUAUCUCCCCUUCUAAAUGAAUGAUUUCAUAACUGGGGAAGGCUUUAAACCAUUGAUGGACUACACAAACUCCUUUUCUCUUGGUCUCUUAUUUCAAAUUCUGUAUCCCCUCUUCAGUAAAACCUUGCAGUUGAAAAUGCCACAGAACAGCUUGAUUACUCCUGAUAACAGAAGCUAGCUUGACUGUUUGUUGUUUCACUUUAGGAACACACUUGUAAUCUGAUAUGUUCUCAAAAUUUUCUGUGGGUUCAGAUUGGCUAGCAUAAAUACCAGCUGAUCUGAGCCCCUAGAGAAUUAUAGGAAAGCAUCAGAUGUUUCACAUUAAGAUAAAACUGAGUGUGCCUAAUGAACCUUUAUGCUUUCUUGAAGACAACCAUAUAGCACACAAGGAUGUUGCCACUAAGAUUCAUAUUUAUAUUUCUCUCCAUGAAAUUCUUGAACUAACAUACACAGGCCUAAUCACCUUUAAGUUUAUUUGAAUAUUCACUACCAUUAGUAUUCAUUAGCUCUUUGACCAUUUCUCAUUGUGGGGAAGCCCGGAUGAUGUGGUACACAAGUUGUGAAUAAUUUUGAAUUUAUAAUUCACAAAAUCCUCAACUGUUGCAAGGACAUUUAGAAAUCUGCUAGCUUCCCAUACUUGCAGUACCCACUUCUCUGUCAUGAAAGAUAUGCCCUAUUCAGUUGCUUUCUGGUAUUUAUCUAAACUCACAGAAUGUGCAACCAGAUGAGUGGCACUGUCCUCAUCUAUUUGUAAAACCCCCAUGAAGUCCACAAGCUUCAAAACUUUUUUUUCUUUGUUUCAUCUUAAAACUUAUUGCACUUUAGAAGUCCUCUAAUUCCCUCAGUAUAGGUUGCAGAAUGGCCUCCAUACUGAAAUUCCUUCUUGGAGGCAUGUCAUAAUGCAACAUAGUGCAGCUAUCAAUUUUUUUUUUUUUUAUUCUGAAAAGACAUAAACAUCUUUCUUCACUGACAUCAGCUUCAUAUGAGUUUCUGAGAUCCAUUUUGGAUGUAGCCUUCUCAACACAGUUCUUCAAUCAAUGUUAAAAACUAUUACAAAGACAUAAAUACUUAGUAAUGCAUGACUGGUUGUACUUCAUUAUCCUGGGAUCUACAGAACAUCUGUCUCAUGCAAUGGAUUAGUUCUACAUUGAGAAUGAGCCAGUUUCAGUAUUAAGUGUUUCUGGGUGAUAUCUUUCAUGCCAAUAUUUUUUUUUUUAAAGGUAUGAAUUUUACAUUAAAAAUAUUAGUAAAAAAUCUUAUGUGCUAUUUCUGGUAACUAUUAUUUAUUACACUCAACACAUUUCACAAUGUGAAUUCAUUCUUUGUGCAUCAUCAUCAUAAAAAUUACACCAUGAAAGACUUAUAUUAAACAUAUUUAUGUUAGGCAACAUGAGGGCAGGUGAAAUACUAUGGAGAUUAAUGAUUUUGUGUCAAAGUAUCAUCUAUGUGCUGCACAUCUGGUAAUUCAUUGUCAGACUGUCUGACUAGAUCACUGUUUAUAUGUAGAAAUAUACCACUACUUUCAUAAUUGGUGUUCAGAAUUUAACAAGCAAUUCUUAUACUAUGAUCAUUACUGCACAAUACUAUACAUUUGCAAAGAUGUCAGUAGAUGUGACUCAAACCACAGAUGAUUCUCAAUAUGCAAGAUCAUACUGUAAAAGUAAACAGAAUAUACCUUCUCUUGUUUUAUAUUGUUUGUGUAAAGAUGCAGUAUAUUAUGUUACUUGUUAUGUCUAUUUUAAACUUAUAUUUACAUAAUUUUGAAUGUAUGUUCUGUUUAAGUUAUCAUAUUUUAUUUGAAGUUGUAUAUUUCUAUGUGUUAAAAUGUGGAAACAUAUUGCUGUUGUAUGGUGUUUCAUGGUCUGACUAAUCAAGGACUUGCAAGUAUUUAUUCAAUAAAAAUAUAUGGCAAUUGCCAUAUUUCCAUAUUUUCCAAAUUUGAUGUAUCACAUAGUUACAUCUGAACAAUAAAACUAUGUGAUAAUGAAAAAACUA